UCCCUCCCUCCCCCUCGGUGGUUGCAACAUCAUAUCCAAAGCUCUGCGUCCACAACCGCAGUCGCCUUUUACGCACCAGUGAGUGGAGAACCGCGCCGAGGACCCGUUCUCCGCUCGUAUACGUCGCUCGCACUGUUGCUCGACAUUUGGACUUAUUGUACUGAACAUUUGUGGAGAUAAGCGCUCGGUCGGACUGGACUAUACGCCGCGCGCAACGAAGAAAUGAGAGUUCUACCCUGAAACCACCUUUUGCUAAAUGCUGCUUUAGUGUGGAGACGUGCAAGGCACCAGCCUACACAUGGAGUCCAGGAUUCCCCACCACAUCCCAGGAGUGGCCUCCUCGCUCAUUUCUCAGCCUCUGCUGGACAGUCGAGUGCCCUACGGCCGCCUGCAGCAGCCCCUCACCAUCUACCCCAUCGACCAGCUCAAGUCCUCGCACGUGGAGAACGACUACAUCGACAGCCCGGCAGCCGUCUCCCAGCAGCCUCCCAGCCAGAAGUCCGCCAACCGAAGAAUCACCUGGCUGGGUCAGAAUCAAGAGGCUUUCCUGGGGGCAAACCACAACCAUCAUCACAAUCACCAACACCAGCACCACCAGCAGGGCAGGUGCGAGCCCCACCCUCAGCAGGACACCACCACCCACCCAUGGAUUUCCUUCAGUGGGAGGCCCAGCUCUAUCAGCAGCAGCAGCAGCACCUCGUCUGAUCAAAGGCUGCUGGAGCACGCUGCACCCACCCCAACCGUGGACCACCACCCAAGCCUGCAUCCCCACCAGGGCCCUGUCAACAAAGUCCCCACCCGAACUCCAGGCUGCUUUACUUCUUCUGAAUCAAAGGUUCUAACCAAUUCUUCCUCUGCUUCCUCUUGCGCCUCCUCCAAAUCCCUGGACCUCAAGUCUGCAAAGAUGCACCCGGGAGACACGUGUCCCCCUGGACGCCAGCAGGGUUUGGCACUGAUCCCUUCCUCCCCCGCUGAGAAGAAGCACCUCCUUCUCUGUGAACGCUGCGGCAAGUGCCGCUGCACGGAGUGUACGCUCCCCAGGACCCUACCCUCCUGCUGGGUCUGCAACCAGGAGUGCCUGUGCUCUGCUCAGAGCCUGGUGGAUACCGCCACCUGCAUGUGCCUGGUCAAGGGGAUCUUCUACCACUGCACCGAGGACGAGGACGAGGAGGGUUCCUGUGCCGACAAGCCUUGCUCGUGCUCCCAGAACAACUGUUGCACGCGUUGGUCCUUCAUGGCGGCUCUCUCCCUUGUCCUGCCUUGUCUCGUCUGCUAUCUGCCAGCUAUGGGCCUGGCCAAACUCGGACAGAAGUGUUACGACAACGUCAGCAGGCCCGGCUGCCGUUGCAAGAACUCGCAGGGCGGCGUGAACGCCCCGGUGUGUAAAAAGGGAGCAGUGGAAGCAAAAGCUGGGAUUCCUGAGAAGCAGCAGCAAGGGUCAUGAUACUGGACAUACCUGGCCGGCAGUGGCCUUGCUAAAGCAGAAUGGACAGGACUACAUAAUACACGCUCGCUCUCCAUGGAUAGGACAAUCCACCCCCAACCCCUUAAACUAUCCCAUUAAUCUGCUGGAGGAUGACUGUAAAACACAGGUACUUAGAGUUGACCUACAUUAGAUAGGGUGGACGAUCAAACGGGCCUAUUCUAAAGAGUUGGCUAGUAGAAAUAGCUAACAGGUGACUGAGCGAUUUUUGUUUUGUGAGAGCGACUUAAUGAGAAGAAGAAGAAGAGACUCUAUAUGGGACUAUGUUUGUGUUAUGCGAAGCUUGCUGAAGGCACAAAGUCAUUGUACCUCUCUGCUGCUCUCUACUCGUCAGCUAAUUUGUAACAGUAACUAACCAGAAGCUGGUUCUAAGCUGAUCCUUAGAUAACAUAGAAGUUGUUUGAUGGAGAUAAAUAUCUGUACAAGCCCCUCGCUCCCCAGAAAGCACAGCCCACCCCCCACGUCUGAACAAACAGACGCAUCUUUACGAGGAUGAAACCGCCACUUACCCGCCGUCUCCGCUCUUACGAUGAUCCUCAUCUUUUACGGUUUCCAUUUUUCCCCCUUUUAGCGCGAAGACGCUAGCUUGGUGUUGCUAACAUUCUGUCUAAGCGGAGGAACUGUACAAACACCCCUCGAGGCUUAAAAAAUGAUUUCCCAUAAUUCUGACCGUGUGAGCAGUCGUCCUAACAGGGGGGAGAUAAUCACUUUACAGUGUGUGUUGUGUGUUUCGACGAGGGCGAAGCCCCGACGCCCAUCACCUCGGAGGUAAUGCAUGUCAUGACUUGCAUGCUGUAGUUUAACGAGUACCCACCGUGCUAGAAGUCGAUGUGUCGUAGAGAAAUUUGUGAAAAAACUACGCCCAACCUUCUCAGGGACUGUUACAGUAAUCCUCUCUAGAGCUCGGCCUCGAACACCCCUGGGAGGCCUCACACGCAUGUAGGAACCGGUCAGCUGAGUUGGAGACGACCCGACCAGAAGGAGACGGGUCCAGAGUGAUCCGGAGUGACGUGGGAAAGCGGAUGCGUGUUAGUCAGCCAUGGUGGGAAUCAAACCUGCCACUUGCACAACGACAAACCCCUAAAGGAUGUACUAAAGCACAGUAUUAACCACCUCAGCUGUCCCACAUUGUGGCGACGUGCACUAUAUUUAUCCCCCACCCACACACCCGGGCUUCAUGAAAUUCUAAUCAUUAUGCUGCAUAGCUGCAUUAGUAGGUUAGUCUGUCUUUAAUUCCUAAAGUCUAUUUUCGUGGCUUGCAUGAUGUUCUUAGGACUUUGCCAAAGGAAGCUAGUUAACAGUAGCAUGUUCGCUGUCCGAGUGUUCAUGGUCGUUACGUACUCUUGCCAAACGAAGUUGACGGCGGUCGGUUCUUAUCAC